AUGCGACACUGUCAAAAUGGCGGAAAAACACUGCGCCCGGAAAAACUGGCGAUGCACUAUAGAACGAGCAGAAAAGUUUAUUUCCUCGCAAUAUUUUUCUGACAUCAACUUGUACAGCAGGUAUGUACUUGUCACGUCCACUGCCACUGCAUCAAACAUUGAUUCAAAUGCAGAUUCAUCUUUGUUACAUGUAUGCCACAUCACCAUUCGGUCAGUUGCUCCGAAAACGUCGAUCAUGAAAGUGCAAGAAAUGUAAAAUUAUGUGGAAAGAGAGAGAGAGAGAGUCAAACAAGAAAUCCCCUGUGUUUUCAGUCUUUUCCUAGUUAAUGCUAAGACACCAGCAACUUUUGGCUGUUUAUCGGAGAACAAAAGAAUUUUACAGCUGAUUUCAGUGCAGCGUUUUCAGACAUAAUUCGACCGAGAGGUUACAAAGCAGUAGAGAAUUCUACUGGAAUCAAAGCACACAAUCUGAAAUUUACUUUGAUGAUUAUAGCUUGAAUGUUUCUCUCGUAAUUCAGAAAAAGAGGACCGUGAUUCUCCUUUUCAGACAAAAAUCGCAAUGCAUGUUAUCGCGCGUGUGGACGGCUCUUUUCUUGACCUUUUUAUUAGGCUUCUAACUUGAUCUUUAAAGAAAUAUAGACCUUGUUUGGUACGGUUUUGGGGGCCAUCUUGAUAUACGUAGACAAACUUAAAUAAGGUAUAUCACUUUCUUUGUAUAUCAGAAUCUAAUUUGAAUUUCCGUUAUAAAGCAAAACGGCUGUUUUGGGUCUAUUUGGAUGAAUUUUCAAACCAAAGCGUCAUUUUGGGAUUUUUUAUUGGUAAAAUUGAGGGCACUACAUUCACCCUGAACACCUAGGACCACUUUUUUUGGAUUUCUUGGCGAUAGGCAAAGUCUGUAAAGAAAUUACAGAAGUCCCACGAAAAAGAUUACAGACAAAUAUAUGGAAAAUCUAAAGCAAGCCUCUGGAGAAAUUUAAGCACAGGUAAGCCUCCAAAAUUUUUUCAGACAAUCCUUUGUGUUGCAGCUUUAGUUUACUGAUAUUUUUUCAGAACACCCGUCUUACAGAAAUAAAUUCGAAACUAGAUUCUCAUACAAACACUGUAAUUUCUCACGGGUUUGCCUUCUCGUCAAGAUGGCAUCGAAAACCGUGACAAGGUCUAUUAUAUUUUACCCUUUUUGAAUGAAAACAAAUGUUGUUUUCUAUUAGUUAAGGUUUUCUUAACGUGAGCUCAUUAGAGUCAUAGGUUGAGGACCAUACUCCACUUGCACAUUUCCCAUAAUGCACCUUAUAUUACCCCCCCAAAAAAAAAAAAAAAAAAAUUUGCAUAACCUUUGUUUUUUAUUUCUCUUGGGCAUUACAACUGUCCCAGGAGAAAUUGAAAACAAUGCUUAUUCAAAAUUUUGGGGGGCAAAUAAGGCACAUUAUGGGAGAUGUACAAGUGGAGCAUGAUAUUUUUCUGGGGUUGACAAAUAUUAAACUUUCUAGCAAAUUCUUUCACAACAGCAGACUGAUCAAUUUAUCUGUUGACUUUUUCUACAAAAUGUCAAGUCUUCCUGUUAUGUUUUAAUUAUGCAGAUUCUAAGUAAGGAUGAAAAGAUACUAAAUUCAGGAAAUACAAAUUUGCCUCCCUGUUAACUAAAUUUACAUCACUGCAGUUACAUGUAGAUUGUGUGCAUUCACCAACACCAAAAUACCGAAACCUUGUCAAACAGAAGAAGACUAAACGAUAAAACAUCGGACUAUAUUUUCUAUUGCUUUCCAUAGUAUUGAUAAUAUUUCGUCUACUGUGAAAUUGGCUACAGAAAUACAUUGGCAAUUGAACUCCAGGUUUAUCUCUUUUUAUCAUUCUGUAUCCUGUCACCACUUUCCAUGCAAUAAAGCUUUCCUCUUCAAGUGAAACACAUUUGUCAGGAUUCUAGCUUUGUUACACUUGUGUCUUUUGGUGAUAAGCUUUCCUUGCCAGCCAGAUGAUAUGUUUCUCUCACUGUUUCGGAUCCCAUGGCAGAAUUCUCGCCUGCCUUUAUUUUUGCAACCGUUUAUGUACUGCGAAGCUGUACAUCACAUGAUUGGUGUCAAAUCAUGACAGGUCAAAUCAUAACCGUUGAAUCAUGUCUGAAAAUCCGGAUCUAUACAUAACAAUGAAAUCAGCUGUAAGCAAGGCUACAUUCACACAAAGCCAUUGGAAGCCCCCUCCCCUACAAAAAAAUUGGGGAGAGACGUAUAUGUGAAUUGCAGUCAUUAAUAGUGUUCUGGUAUACAUUUGCAUAAAUUAUAUGAAAUGCCAAACCAUCCAUCCAAAGUACUAUGAAUGAUUAUAUGUUAGGACAAUCAAUAAUAAUAUUAUUAGACAAGUACAAGUACUAAUUAAAUAACAUACUGGAUGUUCUUGUUGUAGAUUGUACCCUAAGAAGCUGUCAGUGAGUUCACUUACCCACUUCGCUGCUCCUGGUAGAGCCACGUACAAUGAGGCUAUCAGGGAAAAAUUUGUGGAAACUCAAGUUGGAUGCAAUUUUGGUCCAACGUAAGAUUGCACUUCUAAUCAUGAGACAGUAUUCUAAAAAGCUAAAUUUUAGUGAAGUCCUGAAGACAUAAUUUUUAGUUCACAAGCCAUAAUUAGUGCUCUGUCAAAGCACCUUGAUGGGUACUCAUUAUAUAUCUAUAGACAUUUUCAUCCUGUACUUAAGAUUAUGCAUGCAAGUAUACAUUUGGGAAGUAGAUAUCUGAUUUACCAUGCAUGUAAUAUUGCUGAAAUCUUUAUCAGGUGGUCCACACAUUGGUUCAAAGUUAUUAUCCACAUUCCAGAAGAAUGGAAGGGAGAAGAAGUGCACUUUAGAUGGAAUUCUGCUUCAGAGGCCAUGGUGAUUAUAUAUUAUAUACUUUUAUUAUAAAUCAAAGUUUACAGAUCUUUAUAUCCACAAUGCAAUAUGUGAUUGAUUCUUACAACAUUAAAUCCUCACUGUUUUUGUACCCAGUUGAACUCUGAUAGUACGCUAUCAAACUCUGAUAAGAUAAAGAAUUGCCUUUGAACCAGGGUAGGUGUAGCUCAGUGGGUAGAGAGCUUGACUGCAGAGCCAGUUGAGGUUGCGGGUCUCAUUCCCAAAGCCAGACCAAUACUCAGGGUCUUAACAUAACUGAGAAAAUGUAGUGUCCCAGAGGCAGUUAGUACUAUUUUCGUGCAAAAUUUUAAUAUGCAUUGAUUGACACUCAAAUAAAGUGGCAUUUUAUUAAUUUCUCAAGUUCGUUUACCGCACCAACAUGUACCUUAUAUCGAUGUACAAUACCUUAUGGGUUCAUUUCCUCCAAAAAAAGGAAAAACACUGUUUUCUUUCCUUGAUGGCUGCAGGGAUUGCAGGCUAAUGCAUAUUACUAAAAACUGAAUCAUUGGAUAAUGUAACUCUUUUUUUUUUUUUUUAAUUUCUAUUUUCAAUUGCAAGGUACUUACUUACAAUACUUGCAGGCAAUGUAUGAUAUUAAAACUAACAGAACUAUUGGAUAAUGUUAUUGACAAUUCUAGAGCUCUGAUUAUACUUAGCCAAUCAAAACUUGUAUAUGAGAUAUUUACACCAUGCUCUCUUCAAAAAAUAAAUAAAUAAAUAAAUAAAAAACAGCUACUUGAGUUAGAACUACAGUUAACUAAAAUUUACCAUACUUCCCCCCCUUUUUUCUGUUUUUGAAGUAAUCCUUGAUAGGAUAAUGUAAUUCUAGAGCCUCAUUUUAUUCAUGGUAAACCAUUAAUUAUUCCAAAUAUGGUAACUGUAAACAUCUGCAAAAUUAAAAAAUUAAAACGGUUGUUUUUGCAAAUAAAGUCGGGAAGAAUUCUCAAUAUUUUGUGGGCCUUUUUAUUAAAAUAAUUAUUCCACUCGCACUUGUUGGAUAUGAGAUGAUUAUAGCCAACUCUGUGCUAUGCGCCUCAUUGGCUAUCUACCAUCUCAUAUCCAACGUGCACUUGUUGGAUAAUUGUUAAAUAGUUCCAGAGAACUGUAUUGAGCAUUAAAUUUUCCACAAUGUUUCUCUCCAUGAUUGUUUACGCUGUAGGUCUGGCAGGAUGGGAAACCAAGACAGGUAUUAAGAACAAUCUGAAAACAUUUUUUCAGAAACCAAUAAAUAAAAACACUGUUAAGUAAUACAUAAAAUUGAAGCCCCUGAUAUAUACUCUGUAAUCUUUAAAUUGAUGUUGCUGAGGAAUAUUUUAAAUGAGCUGACAAUACCUGAAGCCUUACUUUUCAGUAGCAAACUUCAUUCACAGCUUGAAUUCAGACUGUUCAUUUUUACAGUAGUUGCUGUGGUAAAAAUUUUCACCUUAUUUUAAUUUAAACUGUUUUUUUUUCUUAAUUCACAGCUGUCACUAAAAUUUUAGUUUGCUGGGUAUGUGGGUUAGUUUAACAGGAAAUUGAAAUUGAAACUUGGUUCUAACUUUUCUCUUGUUUCCUGUGAAAGAAGCCAAAUGUUGUGCUCACAGUAGCCAGGGAAAUGUUUGGCCCCUGGGCGGCCCUUAGUGACAGCCCUAUGAUAUUCAUUUAUUUUUUUUAAAUUUUUAUUGCAUUGUUUUUCGUAGUAAUAUGUUCUGUCACUAGUUGUGCUCAUAUUGUGGGUAGCGCCUCCAAAAAUGUUCUGCAGUUAUGUAAACCAUUUUUAGAUUUGCAUGCAGUUCACCCAUCCUGACUGAUGAACGGCUCCGGAGGGGGGAGGAGGGAUCUCAAUAUUCGAAGUGUAUGAAAGGGUAGGGUUAUCUGUCAUUUCGGUCAGUAAAAGGACCUACUUGGAUAGGUGCAUCUUUUGGCUUUGAAAAAGGCAAGAAAACUUUCCGGAGUUGUGAUUUAUUUUUAUUUAAAAGACAGUGCAUUUGCAGCAGUUAAAAGGGAUUCAACGUUGUAAACGAGUAUGUGGAAGAGGAACCAUUUGUCAAUAACAGGUAUACAAAAGGGUACCUUUCUGUCAAAAAUGGUAUACCAGUGGUAUAAAAGGGUAAGCCUCCCCGUAGAAAAUUUUGUUGAGUACCCCCUCUCCCCAGAGAACAGCUACCACAAUUAGAUAUUUGCAGGAGCAACAAUCGUUAAUAGUCUGUCCCAUUUCAAUUAUUAUUCAGAGGUAAUAUUUCCACUCAUUUAUUUAUUUUCCUUUAGGGUUUGACUGGUGCUGAUGGCCACCAACAAAGAACAGAUUAUGUACUCUCAGCUAAUGCCACUCCUGGAAGGUACUGUACUAAAAAAAAAAUACGGAGUCUAAGAUGUCAUGACGACUACGGCAACGAGAACGUCAAAAAAGCAAUAGAUUUUUAAUAGCUUAACAACAACUUGCACCGCACGUUUUGUUACAAGAGAGUUCGCCUACGUAUGACAAAGUGAGUAAACUGGGAUGAAUCAAAAAUGAUCGUGCUGACGUUUCAAAGAACGCAAAGUCUCUCUUCAGGUGAGGUUUUUGCCGGGUACCUGGUCACCUCGCCACAAAAUUAUCUCGCCAUCGGCAAAAUCGCCACCAAGAAUAAUGUAUCUUUAAUACUUUUCGAAAGUACAAGUCGAUGAUGACUUACAAACCCAGGGGGAGGGGGUUCUCCGGAUUUCAAGUGACGGGGAUGAUCGAAUGGGGGAAAAAGUCAAAACCCCAAAAAAUCCCUGGGACUUCUAACAAACCCAAAAUCUCCGGUAACAAAAUUUAACCCCCGAGCCUUAAAAAAAGCCGCAAAACAAGUUUGGUUGUGUUUUGUUCGCAGAACUUCGCGGACCGCGGAGGCACUACUAUGUGUCUUCAGAUUGUUUUGAACACCCCCUAAAAAUCCCUUCUUAACUCAACCCACCCAAAAAAAUAUUUGCUAAAUUUUCCUACCCCAAAAAAUCCUUCGAUCAUCCCCGUCACUUGAAAUCCGGAGUACCUCCCCACCCGCCCCGCCCCUGGGGCUUACACACUGCAUUGUUCCAAUGUUAAGGUACACUUUGUAUGUGGAAAUGGCUGCCAAUGGUAUGUUUGGUGCAGGGAAGGACGGCCUGAUAAAUGCGCCGGACCCCUCGCGCAAGUACACUCUCUCUAUGGCUGAGGUGGCUGUGUUUGACACCGCAUAUUAUCAAGUGUUAAUGGACCUUACUGUCAUCAUAGACCUGGCAAAGGUAUGUGAGGAAUCAUCAAAGUAGCUGAUAAUUAUCACUGCCUGAAAUGCCGGCUUUACUGUCCCUUGAUCAAGCCAUACUCAGUCAGGAUUUAUUUGUGUAUACUGGUCAUUACCCAGUCCGUUCAUAUUGGCGUCAGUUAAUAACAUCUCGCUUCAAACAUUUGGUACUUAAUACACUCGUAAUCAAGUUCUCGUCCGCUUGCUGAGUAAAACAUUGCCCGCGAUUUUGUACGCGCCAUCGUGUUUUUAAUUUCUUGGCCAAUCCAAAAUUUGCUAUAGCAAUGCCGUGUAUUAAAUAUCUGAAGGGUUCUCUUCGCUGUAACUUUAUUGAUCGCAAUGUUGCGAGAGAAAAUGCACCUUGUACCGGCACCUAUCUUAGUUACCAAUUGUAUAGCCCAGGGUUCCGUUUUCUCGCCCAACGCAAAUGACAAAUCAGUACAUUAGCCUUCGUUUAGCCUCAUCCCCUCAUCCCUUAGAAGGAACACAUCGUGACUGGAAUCUUCCUUUACGUUAUAUAACUCUUAAGCCUAGUUUUCACUAGCCCAUAAGCACAAGCGAAGGGCAUACGCACGCGCAGAAUGGCAUAUUUGACUCAAUUCUCGAUGCCAGCUCUCCUCAACCCGAUGAUAAACAAGAUGGCGGACGAAGCGUCCGCCAUAUUGCUUUUAAAGUGUGCGCAUGAGGUCUGGGUCAAAGUGACCUAUGAUUGGUCCACGGCCUUGUGCUUAUGCUUGUGCUAUGUCGACCCAGUUUUAACUAGUCAAAGCUACAACAUUAGCAUAACCACAAGCGCAAACUUGUCCGUUUUUCUUGUGCUUAUGCUUGUCGACCCAGGGUGCGUUCGAUUGGGAAAUGUAGAUUUAGAUUUUGAAAAUCCGGAUUUCGAAUUUGCAAUCAAACGCGAAAUCCGAAAACGGAUUUCAACGCUGAGAUAUCUGUUUCGGAUUUUCAUUUUUACCGUUCGAUUGGGAAAUCCGAAAAAGGAUUUGAAAAACUGUCCUAAGAACAAAUCCGGAUUUAGAUUUUGAAAAUCUAAAUCGGAUUUCCCAAUCGAACGCACCCCCAGUUUUCACUUGCUUACACAUGUGCUUGUCCUUAUGCUUAUGCUUACGCGCUAGUGAAAACCAGACUUUAGGGCUCUAUACUAGCGUAACUUAUUUAGAAUUAUCAUUUUUGAACAGAAUCUCUCACAAGAAAAUCCCAGAGCAUUUCAAGCUCUUUACACUGCAAAUGACAUUGUGAAUGCAUGUCAGGACCUGUCAGAUAGAACGUCGUUGCAAAGGUGAUGUUAUGGAGUAGUUACUAAAUUGAUGAUUGCGCGAUACAUCGAAAAAAUUGCCCGUGCUUAUCUGUUCUCCUUGCAGGGAGAUUUUCGCAUGUGUUUCCUUGUUCUCUUUCUCGAAUUGUGUGCACACGGGAUAUCUUUAACUAAGUUAUUGCGAAGAUUUAACCGAUAGAUGUAAAAUUGCAUGGACUGUAGCGCUACUAUUAAUAGUACUGCUCAUUUUUAAGUGCCCCUUCUUCGUAAUAGGCUCAUUUCUCCUUUAGUUAUAUGCUGAUGCGUCAGAGGCAUUUUCCUCUUCUGAGAGGUGGUGAAUCCCUAACAAGUAUGAAACGUGCGUUAGUAGCACAGGUUACUCUGAAAAGAAUUUCUGAGCACUCUAAAAAGAAAUCGUCCCUACGUUUGUCGCGUAGUCUUGUUAAGAUCUCAUAAAAUAGUGUGUUUGUUUGAGCGUCUUCUGAGUUAUCUUAAUCUAGAAUACGGACUCUUUUUACAAAGGCAUCUUUUUUUUUUGUCCGGUUCCAGGGCGCACGAAAUAGCCGACAGAUUCUUUAAACAAGCAAACGGAGAUUCUCAACACCAGGUCCACGCUGUUGGAAAUUGUCACAUCGAUUGUGGUAUGGUUAUUUUAAACGAACAACAAUAUCAAAUUCUGUUCUAUGCACAUCUAUUUAUCCAUCCAUCCCUCUGUUCGUCCCCUUGUCCGCCGACCUGUCCGUCCGUCUGUCAGCCCGUCUGUCUGUCCGUCCGUCCGCCUGUCUGACUAUAUGUCCAUCUGUCCGCCUAUUCGUCCGUUUGUCUUUCUGUCUGCCUUUCCUUCCCCCUGUCCGUCUGUCCAUGCGCAGUUUCUUCCAUCUGUCCUUCUCCCUAGCCUUAAGUCCUUGCAUUCCUCCGUCCACCUGUCCCUCCAUCUUUACACCAUCCUACUGUCCGCCUGUCCAUCCAUUUGUCCCUUCGUCCGUCCGUCCCUCCAUCCGUUCAUCUGUUUGUUUGUCUGUCCAUCUGCCCAUCCCUCCGUUGCCCUGUUUGUCCACCCGUCUGUCCGUGUGCCUUUCCGUACGUCCAUCUGCCCGCCUUUUCGUGCGUCCGUUCCGUCCAUUCAUUCCUCCAUCUGUUUGUUUGUCCGUCCGUCCCUCUGCCCUUCCGUCCACUCGUCGAUUCGCCUUUUUGUCCCUUCGUUUGUCCGUCAUCCCUUCAUUCCGUUCAUCUAUUCGUCCGUCCAUCCACCCGUCCGUCCAUCUGUUCGUUUCUCGAUUUAUCUGUCUAUCUGUCUCCCUAUCUAUUGAUCAAUUAACGUACUUAGUUUUUUUUAGUUACGUAUUCUUACUAUUUUUAAAGCCUGGCUGUGGCCUAUUGCCGAGACCAUCAGAAAGUGUGGUCGCAGUUUUGCAACAGCUGUGAGGUUGAUGGAGAAAUACCCUGACUUCAAAUUCGUGUGCUCACAGGUUUGUUCAUUCUCUGUUGUCUCGGUUUAAGGUUGGUAUCAGUCUUUCUACCACAGCCGAAGAACAUGCUAGUGAAUAUAUGAUUCUGCCCACGUAACCCAGAAUUCGAAAACCUACAAUAUGACCUACAGCAAAAAGAAUGAGAGACCGAGAAAGAGAUUUGGGGACAGCCCAGUCCAAAGUAAAAUCUUGUUAUUUAAAAAACUUUAACUUCUUUACAAGCCUCUGUUAAAAUAAUGUAGUGGGAUACAAUUUUGACUGCUGAGCUGCGAAGAGAAGCAGAAUGGUGGAUUCUGGAAUUUGGAACUUACAGGGUAAAACUGUUGAAAUUGAACACUGUUUAAAGAAAGCUAAUAACAUACUUAUGAUUAACGCACUUAAUGAAUGUACGUGUGUUAACUUUCGCUUUUGAAUAAUCACGUUUGCCUUAUCAACCAGGCUCAACAACUUGAGUGGGUCAAGCUUCACUAUCCAAGUCUCUUCGACGAAAUAAAAGCGUUUGCUGCUAAAGGACAAUUCAUACCUGUUGGAGGAACUUGGGUAGAAAUGGUAAGGAUAUAAGCGUCUUCAAAGAUAAUGACAUACAUUGGUGUAUAUCUACUGUGCUAAAUUCCCACCUACCCGAAAAAAGAGUAAAACGCAGACGCACUAUAAACUUUGUGACAGGCUCGCUUGUGAAUAGUUCCAUGAUUAGGGCUUGAGCCGUUUCUUGCAAUAUGUAUAUCCUUGCGCCUUUCACGAAGGUUAACCCAUCGAUUUAGAUCACACAUUCUUGAAUGUUUGAAAACAUGGUGAAAUGUGUCUAUUUUCGUCAUUCUUGAUUUUCGAGUUCGUGAUUUGUUUUAUUUUUUAUUAUUUUGAAGGAUGGCAAUAUACCAAGUGGCGAGUCAUUCAUUCGCCAGUUUUUAGUUGGACAAAAGUUUUUUCAGCAAGAAUUUGGGCAAGUUUGCCAAGAGGUAAAUUGAUUGACAACAGCGCUCGUAGAGACCUUCAAUAAAUGUAUUUUUUAAAGUGUAAGACGUACUCGUAUUUCUUAUUUUCUUAUUGCCUUCAGUUCUGGCUACCCGACACGUUUGGUUACUCGGCCCAGCUCCCUCAAAUCAUUCGCGGAGUAGGAAUGAAGUACUUUUUGACGAUGAAGCUAAGCUGGAGUCUCUUUAACAAAUUCCCCGUAAGUUGCCUUUUUGCUUCGUUUUAACGUUCUGUCAGACAGACAAAAGGCGUCAGCAUGGCCACCGAGGUGGGUGUGGCCUAGAAAGUGGCAUGGCCAAUAAUAUGCGCGUGUUGUAGUUGUAGGCCGGAAAGUUGGCCUAAUUAGAUGCUGGAUUCGCCAAGGAGGUAACGUUGGCAUGACAUGGUGACAUGCCCAGAAGAGGUGACAUGGCAAGGGUGCCGCUUGCAUGGCCUCUUCAUUUGAAUCAGUUGAAUACUCGCAGCCCGCAGUCCAAAAGUUCGGAGUUAUAGAGAUGUUUGGCCAUAUUUUUGCCUCUCACCGAUUCCCUCCUGGAAUCUAAAAAUAAUUACUUUCAGGUUUGGUGCCCCAAUUCGCACCGUUGCAAAAAUAAUUGUACAUGGAUGUAGCCCAGGGAAUAGAGUCGUUGUCUAACUUUUUGUUUUUCUGUUGUAGUAUCACACCUUUUUCUGGGAAGGAAUCGAUGGGUCAAGGUAUGUCGUUCUUUUCGCUCUCCCGAAGUUGCCUGUAUCCCUCACUUUUGUGGCUAACUGCGCUACAUUUUUUUCAGAUGUUUGGCUCAUUUUCCUCCUGCCGACACGUACGAGUCUCGUGGUGAUGCUGCUGAUGUAAGCUGUGUACUGUCCACUUUCCAUUUUUUAAAUUCUGUUUUGCUACGUCACAAUCACGUGUCUUUGACGUGACUGUGGCGUGACCUCUGCUUGGUCUGACUCUAGAGAUCGAGAUUAUCUGUGCUAUUGAAAACUGUUCUCCCUCCUCCACCCCCGGUCUCCCGUUUUGUUGCAAGAGAUAUCUCCAGCAUUCAAUAAAUCCCCCUUUUUAACUGCUUUGUGUCUUAAAGAGAUGAAAAGUUGUGUCUUCUGUGUGUUGCCAGGUUAUAAAGACAGUAAGACAGCUGAAGGACAAAGGACAAGUUCAUGCCAGCAUGUUGCUGUACGGCCACGGAGAUGGCGGGGGCGGUCCUUCGUAAGUGCUCAGUGCGCAUGCGUCAUUUAAGCGUUUUGCUAACAGACCCCAUCAAUCUUAAUUGUUCCGGUGUAUAGGAUGGAUGUCGCUUGUACCCUCGAUGUGAGGUACAAAUAGCUUUGAUGUUUGCAACUAAAAGAACUGUACUGAUUACCUUUUUUUUGCUUUAUUAUAGAGAGGAUAUGCUUGAAAUGUUGAAGCGAAUGGAGGACGUAGAUGGUUGUCCUAGGUAAAUAAAAAAUAAACAAACAAACAACAAACAAACCAAAGACAAACGACAACAACAACAACUCCUGUAUUAGAAGUAAUCCCUGUCUGGGAAUUAUUUUAGUUUGGCGUUGACAAUUUCUGAAUUUUCGCAGGGUUAAACUUUCAGAUCCUCAUGAAUUUUUCAACUCCCUUGAGUCACGUGAUGCCAGUAAGCUAUGCACAUGGGUUGGCGAGCUAUAUCUAGAGCUUCACCAAGGAACAUACACCACACAGGCGCAGGUAAGGUGUUUUAUAUUAUUAUUCCAAAUCUGUGUUAUUAACGUAUAAAAGGACGAUAAUUUAAAAUAGCUAUAUUUUAUCAAAAGACCUAAUUCAUCGGACGUUAUAAUAAUGAUAUUGAUGAUAAAGGUGAUAAUGAUGAAGCUGAUGUUGAUAAUGACGGCGGCGAUGCUGAUGAUGAUGAUAGAUGAUGAUGAUAAUAUGGUGGUGGUGGUGGUGGUUAUAUUUUUAGGGAUGAUGAUGAUGAUGAUGAUGAUGAUGAUGAUGAUGAUAGUUGAUGAGUGAUGGAGGUUAUGAUGGUAAUGAUGAUGAUGAUGAUGAUAAUGAUGGUGGUGGUGGUGGUGGUUAUAUUUUUAGGGAUGAUGAUGAUGAUGAUGAUGAUGAUGAUGAUGAUGAUGAUGAUGAUGAUAAUGAUGAUGGUGGUGAUAUAUUUUAGGAUGGUGAUGAUGAUGAUGAUAGUGAUGAUGAUGAUGAUGGAGUUAUGAUGAUGAUGAUGAUGAUGAUGACAACUGAUGAUAAUGAUGACGAUGUUGGUGAUGAUGAUGAUGAUGAUGAUGAUAACAUGAUGAUGAUGGUGAUGGAGGUCAUGAUAACAACGACGACGGCAGACCGUUAAUCGCACGCAUAUCUUAAAGCUGAAUUGUUAUUUUCCUUAAAUUUUUAUAGAUAAAACAAGGAAACCGCCAAAGUGAAUUCCUUCUUCACGACGCGGAACUGAUCUCGAGUUUAGGCUAUGUUUUGGGAGACAAACGUCAAGGUUAGUUAAGCUGCUAGAAUUUCUUUAUCUUUUCUUUCUUUCUUUUGUAAACUGUAGCUCAUGUAGUUUUAAUGUAUAGAGUGUUUUCACAUGACGUCACGGCGGCCAUAUUGGUGUCCCAAAACAAUGAACCGGCGGCCAUGUUGGUGUCCCAAACCAGUCCUUUUGAACUGCUUAGUAGUUCUCGUGAUUUGCGUAGAUGCUGGCCACGUGACUAAACAGCGAAAAUACGACCCCGUUUUUCUUACAAUAGUGCAUUUGUUAUGGAAUUUUAGAAGACUAUCCCUCUGAGGAAUUUCUUAGGAUCUGGAAACUCAUGCUGUUAAAUCAGUUUCACGACAUUUUACCUGGAAGCUGCAUCAAACAGGUUAAUAUUGUUUCUCUUCACAGUGGCUAUUUUUCUUAUUUAACUGUACGCAUUUCCUGUUGUUUGACCCAUGGUGACCCAGUUAAGUAGCUGGUUGUAGCUUACAGGGUGUGCUCACAGCAGCUUGGAUUAUGCCCUUACAUAUAUUUCUGUAUCUCUCUCUCUUUUCCUCGACCUGAUCGCAUGUUUUGCUCAUGUAUGCUCUGCAGGCCUUACCUUUAAUAUCCACCAGAUAAAGGAAUUGUAAAGCACAUUCUUAGCAAUGCAAACAAUUAUUAUGAUACCUAUUUUGAAGUGAUAUUCUCGUGGUCUGUUAUAACCUCUGUUGUAUUAGCCUGUUCCAGGCUCCGAGAUAGUCAAGUCCGUGAAAUUGAGAAAGCGCGCUUAUAUUUUCUCGUGCCUUACACUUACGCGUCAUCCCUACUAACUGAGAUCCUGGAACAGGCUAGUGUUGUACACAAAAUAUAUCUUUAAUACGUCUGCGACGGUACAGGCUGUGCAUACUAGCGAUAAAUGAAAACGUUAAAGGAAAUCUUUAGUAUAAAUUGUUUAAAGAUGUCAUACUUUGAUAAUCUGCCAAAAGCACAGACACUUACCGUAUAGAUAAAGAGAUGACCACACCCAUAUGAUCAUAAUAAAGUUCUUAGCCUGCGUGGCAGGCGUUUAAAAGGGAAGGAGAAGGGCAAUCCGGGCGCUUGAGAAGCGCGAAAGGCGCGCAAGGGGAAGGAAAAAAGAACCUUCCCUCCUCCCUCAUCCGUCGCGCGCGGUCUCGCGCCUAAAUUCCUUUCCCCUUAACUUUCAAACGCCUGUCACACAGGUUCUAAAGUUCUGUGAUCGAAAUAUCUAACGUAAAAGAACCAUAGAACUCGUGACAUUUAAAUUGCUCAUUUUAUAGGCUGUUGAUGAUGCUCUUCACAGCUAUAAAGGUAAUAAUGCAGCUAAACCAGAAGAGAAGUGUAGUCAGUGUAGCGUACUGUACAUAGCGUACGAGCAAGCUAAGCCCCAAUAUCCACAUACAAAUUCUCCAAACUGGUCUCUGCGAUUUUGUUAAAGAAUUAUUUCAUUUUCUCUUAGGUGUUUAAUUUUUCAUUUAAAUCGAAUGAUGAUGUUGGUCAAACUUAAAGGGUUAAGAACGAUAUUUCGUCGAAGAGCCUUCAAUGAUGUGAUGUAUUUUUACUAGCCGGGGGUGGGGGAGGAUACAACGUCAACUUUUUCCCUCCGAUUAGCCCAUGUUUUUCCACGCAGUGCCCCAACGUUUACCCCUUUCUCAACGGUGGUUUGUUUGUUUUCAAGAAUUAAGCGGCCAUGGGACGUAAAACUAUAUCAAAUUCUUAUAACCUCAUCUCACUGUUACUACAGCUAUAGUGUUAUUGAGGGCGUGAAAAAUGCUUUUUCUUUGAUAUUAGGAUGGUUCUGCAGUAUGAAGACAUUUUUUAUUCCGUUGCGAGUGACAGACUAUUCCUGAAGUCUAGUCUUACUGGUUUCUCCUUGCUUUCCUUCUGAACAUUGUUUCCACCAAUGGACUUUCCUCUGAAAAGAUAUGUCUAGUUUUGGGCUUCAACUUAAUUAAAUCAAGAAUAUUUUAAUUUUGCCACCCACAGACAUUCUGGAAAGCACCCGACGAAUACUAGAAUCCAGCUGCUCCAAGGUUGUUUCCCAGGUAGGGAAAGUAAAAGGUAGACCCAAAGAAGAUUUUUUUAUUAUUUCAAUUAUUUGCUGAGGAUAUAGAUUUUUAACUGAAUUUACGGUACAAAAACCACACUAUAUCAACGAUAACAGUUCUUUUUAAUGUCAGCUCCAUUCUGGUGGAAACGAUCAAGUGACUAAGCCCGUCCUUGUAAACACACUCAGUUGGGGGCGAAGUGAAAUUGUUACUAUUCCCGGUGAACUAUGGGAGCACUUAACUGAAGAAGAAAAAUUUUCAAUUAGAAAGCAAACUGGAGAGGAUGGAAAAAUACUCGGUAAGAUAACAGUAAAUGUGAGAAAAAAAAUACUUGGUAAGAUUAUAGUAAAAGUGAGAUCUUUGAGCGAAGAACCUAGCACUGUUUUAAAGCCUAUUUGUCUGCCGAAUAGACCCCGAACAAUAAUUUGCAUGACUCUCUUCCAUUUGUAAGGGUUAUCGACCAUUAUUUACGUUCCUUGUUUCAUGUAACUGCUAACAAAUUGCCUUCCUUUUCAGCACUAGUGUCUGUACCAAGCUUGAGUAUAAGUCCUCUAAUUGAUGUACAAAGUGAAUUUCACCCUGUCUCUUUAUCUUUUGAUCAGGUGAGCAAGCUGCAAACUUUCAUUUGUAGCGUUAACACUUUAUGUCUGAAUGUUGCCCGGAUUGCUCCUGUAAAAAAGGUCCUCUUUUGAGGAGGUUAGACUGUAAUUAACGCGGCCAUCGGUAAUUUACUCGUGAAAGCCCUUUGAAGUAAAGUAAUCUCAACCUGGCGUGUUCGACGAAAAUACUAUACAAGGACAGCGCAGGAAUCAAUAAUUUUUCUCGCGAUUUUUUUGACUGAUCAUUUUUUUAUCUUGAUCUUUAGCCUUAAAAACGGUUUCGCUUUAGCUUUAAUUUGUGUUUUUUAGCUGCAGGACUCCGUUGUCAUGGAGAAUGCCUUGGUCCGAGUUGAAUUGGUCAGAGGUGGCCUGGUAAGAAGUCUCAUUCACAAAGCCAGUGGCAGGUACCUCAGUCAUCUACAGUACUACCCUUUAUUUAGGGUUAAAUACCUCCAGAGAUCAGGGGUGGCGCAGUGCUGACAGCACACGCCCUCUGCUAAUGUGGCCCGUGUUCACAUAACCGCGUCGACGCCAUAUGUGGGUUGAGUUUGUUAUUGGUUCUCCCCCUUGCUCCUGGAGGUUUUUCUCCGGGUACCCGGAGGUUUUCCCUCUCCUCAAAAACCCCUCCAAAUUUUAAUUCGACCAGGAAUCAAGCAGACGAAGAACCACUAAGUGGAUGAGCAAUGUUUAACUUGCUAUUAUGAUUUAUUUAUUUAUUUGGUUAAUUGAUUUCUUGUUUUCAUUAUAGGGAGGCGAUUAGUCCUGGUUAUUGUGGAAACCAGUUUAUCUUGUUUGACGACAUGCCAUUGUUUUGGGACGCGUGGGAUGUAAUGCCUUACUACCUAGAGACGAGGUAUGAAUCUGCGUCGAGCCUUUGGUUCUUUUGAAUGAAGUGCGUCGAGUAAGAAGAUGACUGUAGUCAGACCCUUAAUAGCUAAUACCUCACCUUAGCUAACCAUACUCCAGGCCUUCACUCCAAAAGGAGACACAAAGAUGACGAUGUGUUUACUCACUGACCUUCUGAGCCUUCAAAGUUCCUCUGCUUCUAAAGAAGUUGUUCUCCUAAGAUUUUCAAUAUUCAGCAUCUUGUCAGAGUCGUCAUUUUGAAUGAUUAGUCUUCUGACGUCAUUCGUGACGUCAUUCCGUCCAACCUGAAUUAAACUAGUGGGAAGCGCAAGCGCGCUGGAAAGCCCGCUUUUGAACUGUGUAUUCUUAAAGCGUUGCACGCACUAAACUGGGAAAAAACAAGCAGACGUCUUUCGUCACUUAAGAACCGAGAAGGGAACUGUACCUAGUUAAGUUUCGGAAAGACAAAAGAACAAAUAGCUGACUGACGCGUCCCUAGCAACAAUACCGGAAGCAAUUGUGGGACGCAUUUCGGCUCCAGUUUCCCUCUCCUAUUUGAAGUGGCGAAUGGCCUGAGGAGAGAGAGAUUGACGCAGAAAAGAAUAGAAUAGAAGAUAUAAUCGAACGCACAGAUUUUGCGCAGAAAAGAAUGAAUUAGAAGAUAACUGACCGUUCAAAUGUUUCUCCUAUACAUGUGUUUGAUUUUUUAUAACUUAUAUCACAGAAAAUUAUUACUUCCCACCUCAUCUGAAGAAUUCAAAAUCCUUGAGGAAGGGCCUCUCAGAGUUUCAGUCGAGGUGAGUGUUGGGACUACGGUUGAAGGUUCUUAGGUCUUACCGUAGAUCUCCUUGCAAGAAAAAUUUCACGGGUUCCGGGACUCAGAGUAAAAAUAGCGGGGAGCUUAAGUUCCCCAGAUGGGACCCUUAUACCGCCGUAAUACAUACCAUUUGCUUAGUCACCGUCAUACAGGUUAGCACCGUUAAUAAGGUAACCAACCUUUGGGCUGGACCGCUGAUUGUAAGGUCAUUCUGACUGCGAUUGAAGGAAAGUCCUUGUCUCAGCUCAGAUGAUCACAUUACUGAGUGGCCAUGGUAAACCAUAUUCCUUGUCUCCUUAACCUGUUUAGUCUCUCACAUGUCGGGACAAUUAAAAAACAAAACAAAACACUCUUUGCCAAGAGCAGAGGGAGUGUUCCCUUCAGUGGCCGAUUUUGCCUCGGUCGGUAUUAGCGCCAUCCAUUACUACUUCGCUCAGUAAUUGUAGACUGCAGUGAAGCAACCUGUAGCAAAGUCAAUCCGAUAAAGUCCGCACAACGUUGAAUGUUAUCCUUGAGAUAGCCCUCAGGGGACAAGAAGAGUACUUUUAUUUGUUUACUUUCUGUUACCACGUUUCUUUCUUUCCCGCAGUUUUCCUUGAGAAUCAGCGAGCACAGCUCUCUCAAGCAAAUCGUUUCCUUAGACGCUACUGCACCGUAUGUUAAAUUCCAUACAAAGGCAAGUGAAGUUAAAAUAGAGUUGUUUUAUACAGUAUACCAUUUACAGUAACGUUCUAACAAGUUUAUAUAGUGCUUGUUUUCAUUGCGUUUGUAUUCCCACGACACUCAAAUGUUCUUGCAGGAGCAUACAUAAAUAUUCAAGCACGAGAUGUUAUCAAAACUUGCAUACUGCCAUGUAAUGUCUUACUGUGAUCUUUAUUUUAUGAGCUCCUCCUUCAUUUUUGAAGUGGCCCUGUCGAAACUUCAGCUUUAAGAUCACGUUCUAAGAAAAAACCAACUACCCUGCCUACUAAACAUAGUACAGUCAAACUCCGCUUCAAGGACACCUUAGUAUUACGGAUAGUUUGGUUUCUCCCCGGGGAAAGAAAAAUCCUUACAUUUUCUCUAAAUUCAACCUCGCUUUCAAAGGACCCCGUUAAUAGGGACACUUUCAAUCGCCACCUGCGUGGCAGGUGUUCGAAAGGGAAGGAGAAGGGAAUUAGGGCGCGAGACCACGCGCGCCCCACACGCUCUCCCGCGCCCAAAUUCCCCCUUCCCCUUUUAACACCUUCCACGCAGGCUACCUCAGCACCACUUACUCCAACCUGACUAAUACACCUUCAGUCUGGAAAAUCCUUUUUUAUCUAAUUUUACGUCUGAUUGAAUUUCUCUGUUCUUUUUACAGGUAAACUGGCAAGAGAACAGGAAAUUCUUGAAGGUGGAAUUUCCAUUCGAUGUUCGUUCGAUGAACGCAACUUAUGAAAUUCAAUUCGGUCACAUACAAAGGCCAACACACUGCAAUACCGCCUGGGACUGGGCCAAGUAUGAGGUACGCAUGCGUCACUAUGUGUUAGUUACCAGCGGUGUUUACUACUGACUUGUCAGCGAUGGGCGCCAUUUCGGGGAAAAAUUUUCCUCCGGCGUUAAGCAUUUCAACGAAAGAAACUCGUUAUUACGGAGAAGUCGAAACAUAUUUACGCCUACCUCUUUCUACAUUCUCGCCCUUGCUUCCAGGGCUAAUUGAAAGGUAAAACGCCUGAAAUUAUGUCUCCGGUGGAGCGUGUCAGCGUUGCGCGCGACGAGUUAUAUGUCUGGCCCCGGUUGUUCAAACGUUGGACAGUGUUAUCCACCGGAUAAAUCACUAUCCAGUGGAUUAGUAUGAGGGAAACCAAUUGCGUUAUCUACUGGAUAGAGGUUUUUCCGGUGGAUAGCGUUAUCCAACAACUGGGCCCUGUUUUCGUUUACGACCGGGCUGAUUUUAGCUUAAUAGUAGGUUCUCAAUGCGUUGGUUUUGUGUUAUUAUUACUUUUUGGAGAGGGGAGGGAGGCAGGUGAGGGGUGGCGGGGUAGGGACGACGAUCAAUAGGAAUGCCUCUGUCGUACCGAUAAUGUCUUACUGACCUAUUUCCAACAGGUAUGUGGUCACAAGUGGGCGGACUUGUCCGAGCAUGACUGGGGCGUAGCGUUAAUGACUGAUUGCAAGUAUGGUUACUCAACUUAUGCCAACGUCAUGUACAUAUCACUGUAAGUUUCCAUGACGACCUAAUAACCCUUUAAGCCUAAAGAGUGAUCAGCGUCAAAAUUCUCCUUGUAAUAUCAUUGCUUUAUAAAACAGGACUUCUACAGGACAAACAAUAAGAAUCUGAUUAUAAUAUUGAGGUUUAAAGGGUUAAAUUGUAAUCUCGGCGAACAUAUGCCGUGCACGCUUCUUGUUGUUGGGGGAAUUACCGGCUCCGAACAGUGUACAGUUUUUAUAGAUAUUGGCGCUGGUAAACUAUGGUCUACAAGGAACAAACCACUUCCUGUGCAACUGAACCUGCAAUUGACUUAGUGCUCUCAGCAAAUCACAGCUUCUCUCACCUUCAUUUGGUAGAAGUCGCGCUCACACCCGCAGAAGGGGGACUCCCAUUUUAGAGGAACGGGGAUGCUUGUGGAUCCCCCUGAGGGGUAGAAAGUUAAGAAUUUGGUCUCAUUCAGUGUUUGAGGGUGGAAAGUCAGAAUUUUUACCACCAAAAGUAUCGCUUAGGGUUCUGCGAAAAGAAAUACCUAAAUAGAAAUUAUUGUAUUGGAGUAUGUCCGACGAACAUCUCCGUCUGGGAUUAUCGCAAUUUCUUCAAAUGUGUGCAAUAAGUGGCGAUUGAUUAUUUUUAUUUCCGAAUUUCGCAUUGGAUAUUUCUUACCUAUAGCAGGAGCCGGUAUUAGAAUACGAAUGUCAGACAUUUAUUCAGUAAUUAUGUCUUUGCUGUUCUUUUUUUUUUAACAGUCUUCGUUCCCCCAAAGCACCUGACGACCAAGCUGACAUGGGAUCGCAUGAAUUCUCGUACGCAGUAUUUCCCCACUCUGGUAAACAAACCACUUUGAAUUGUUUGUUUGUUUAUUUGUUUGUUUGUUUUGAUCAGCUGAAGUGACAAAUUGGUUGAGUAUGAUCGUCCGGUUGAACGUGGACUGUUGUUGACAGUGACUGAAGUUUCGACAACCUGUGCAGUAGUCAUCUUCAGAGUCAAAGUGAGUUGUAUCACGUCAGUUGAUAGUGUUUCAGACCACAUUAACUCAGACGAUAAUACUCAACCCACAUAUGAAAUGACUUCUGGUUUCAAACUUUUCACAGUUUGAAGUGGUAAAGUUAAUUUCCCGCCCUGGAAAGAUUGAAAAGCUUACUUAUGGAGCACUAGCCCUUCGCCAGAAAGAUCUAAGGGAUCGGGGUUGUGUUUGAUCUACCGUAUCCAGUGGUGAAGCGUCACUUGUUGUGAAUAAAAUAGAGUAGCAUUAAAGAAUAAAUUAGAAUGAAAAGUGUUCAUGGAUUCAGUGGUGAAUCUGAAUGCCGAUUUUUGAAAGAUGAAAUUUAAUUUAGAUUUUACGGCUUCCCUUAUAUCGUCAAAGUGUUGUGUAAGCGUGAAUUUUAAUUUAAAUAUUUUAUUCUAAGAGAGGAUUUUUGCUCAUUCACGUUUCUUCUGCUUCUUCUUCUUCUUACAUCUUCAAGGUACUUUUCAAAGUGCAGGCGUUAUUCAACAUGCGUACAAUUUUAACCAGCCAGUCAUCGUCCAACCCUGCUUCGUUUGUACAGGUAUGGAAAGCUUCAUGACUUUCAACUCUCAGGAAUAUGCUUGAUAAUUUAACAUGAAAUUUCAUUUAACACCCAUAAGGACUUCAAUGUAGGCCCUCCCUGGGGGAAGAUCCUUAUCGUAAAUCGUAAACUGGAGCGCACCUACCCGGUUCCACAUCUUGGUGGUGUGGAAUGGAAAACAUUCCUGUAUUUUUCAUUCUAAAACGUUGAUUGUUUGUCAGUUUUUAGCCUUUAUGGUAAGACUGACGGCUAAAGGUGAAAUGGCUUUUUUCACUGGGUCCACUUUCUAUCGACACGUCCUUCUUUGUAUAAAACAACCUUUAGUUAUUUCUCUCCCUGGUUACUUUUCACCACGAAUUCAUAAUGGGGGAACACACCAGGAAUACAUGAAAUUGAAGACUUUGGUACCGGGAGACCAAAUCCAUGCAGGGUUUUGCUGAUAUUUCAAAGUGCUUUUUAACUCGAGAGCUUAAAUAACUUGCAGAUUUCGAAGGAAGGUCUUUCUUUUCUGUGGACAACCCAGCAGUGAUUUUGGAAACGGUUAAAAAGGUGUGUACCCACCGUUUAUGUGCAACUUUUAUAAGGUUAUAUCUUAACAUUAUUAACAGAACGCUGCAGAAGGAAUGAGUUCGGAUAUUUAAUCGAUAUUUGUUCAUUUGCGAAUCUAACACCGUCGGCACUUGGUUGCUUCUUAAUAUCUGUAUGAUAAUAACGGGCCGAAAUUUAAUGGUUACAGAAACAGCAAUAUAAAUUAUGAGUUUUCGAAAUCAGCAGGAACAAAUGUUUUUCGUUUCUUCAGAUUGAUGAAAUUAUUUGGCGUUCAGUCUGCCAAUUGACUCUAACUCCAUGGGAUCUAGACAUUAAGUAGAUGUUUGUUGGUUUCCACAGGCCGAGUCCGUACCUUCAGCUUUAGUCGUUCGUCUCUAUGAAGCUUAUGGAGGCCAAGCUCGCACCAAUUUCUCCACAAAUCUCCCGGUCAAAAGACUUACAAGGUAAGUGAUAUCCACACACUCUUUUCCACCAUAGAAGUUCAAAAGCCGACACUUCGAGCUGUAGACCUUCGUCAUAGCGAAUCAAGGGAUUAGUGUGGUAAUAGUUGUGGGAGGUUCAUAAUUGAAUGAUGGGGCUACGCUUUGUGUAACGGUUUGUAGAAAGUGUGUGGGAUUCACUCCAAGUUUCUUAGUGUAGUGAAGGAUCGCCGCAUAUGUUGUGGACUGUGUAUGAAUGAAUGAAUAAUUUUAUGAAGAUAAUUUUAUGUACAAAUCCCAUCAAGUCUGGCAUCUUUCAGUUAAAUUACGUUUUGUUUCUAUCAAACACAGCUAUAAUCACAUUACCAAUUGCUGUUUUGGUCGCAAAGAACCGAUGAUUGUAGCCGUAAUAAUCAAUUAAGGAAAAUUCUGGCCAAUAUUGUCUUGCGCUGGUCUUUAAUUGUGUUGUUAUCUGCCAAAAAUCACCUGCUGUUUUAUGGUAUAGAGAAGAGAUGUCAUUAUGUCACGUUGCCGUGGUAGAAAAAUUUCUGGAUGAAAACAAACCGAAAACGUCGCUAAAAGGUGAAUUCGCACUGUUUCAAACUACAUCGAUUUUAUUCAAUUUCAUUUUAUUUGUCAAAUGUUGGGGAAAUGUUUCUGGUGUUGAAUCCGAAAGGACCGUAUCUAAGUUUAGAAAAAGACAACGAAAAAAUUCUAUGUUGUGUUCACCUACUCUCUUAAGCGGGCGCGUGAAAUUAGGAAGUGGAGGUUUCAUGUCGUAGUCGUGCAACGACGGCUAAGAAAUGUACAAAAAUGCGUGAUGCACGUGCAACGUUGUUGUUUUGCUGAUAUAAACGUACUGCUUUUUGCCGUUCUCGUUGCCGUCGCCGUCGUCGAUGCUUAAGCUUCCUAUUGUUGUGAUCCAGAAAGUUUGCUACCAUAGUAACGUGACGUCACACUUCUCUCUUUUGAAGUCAGGAAUACUUCCCAUUUUGGGGAUCUUGCGAAACUGAAAUGAUUCAACAGUUUUGAAGUUUCCAGUUAAGACUCAAAAUUAGUUCCGUGGAUACGACGUUGGGAAAUGAACUUAACUGUAGACAAUUUUUAAGAUGUCUUUAUUUUGAAGAAAAGCUGCUUGUAGUUAAAGAAAAUGUUUAAAGCUACCUAACUUGAAUCAAAAGCUUGAGAAACUCGGGAAACUGCAGUACAGAAUCACCACUGAAGUCUAAUUUCAGAGCUUUCGUUGGUUUAUGAAGUUAUAAGAACCACAAUUGAGACACAAAGCAGGUGGACUUUGAAUAAUCAUAAAAGUUGGGUAAACAGUCGAAUACUCUAUUACAGGAAGUUCAUCGAAGUGUUUGUCAUUUUGGCAAUUUUUUUUAUUUUAUGGCGAAAUACUUGUAUUUCCGUAUUUAAAGAUCGUAAUUAAGGACGUACUCCUUAAUCGCAAACACCUUUAAAAGCCAAAAAUUGAUCUGUUGCGAAGAACGUAUGAUAAACAGUUUCAGGAAAUAUCGAACUAUAAUAGGCGCUUACUUAACGGUAAUACUUUAAUAGGGACUGUCAUUUCAGAUAUUAAUUAAGAUGUCUAGUUCCUCCUUGAAGGCGUGGGAUAAUUUUCUCCAUUUUUUGCAGACAUAAUUUCGAAAACGAAUCUUGUUACUUUUCGAUUUCAUUAAAAGAAACAAAGGCUUCAGGAGUCAAUCCGCUUAGCUGGUAAUUUUCUAAAUAGCUUCAAGACUCUAAUGAUAAAAUGGAAAUCUCAGUGCAAAGCGCAGCAGGAUUGGUGGUAUAAUGCAACCGCAGUUUUCAAACGUGACAACGAAGAGUAUGAUAUGCUAUAAUUCUUCAGCGUUUUCAAGCACACUUCGUUUGUUUAUAUCAUUAAUGUUCCAUUAAAUUUUGUUUUGGCUCUUAACCUUACGCCGUUUGCAAAAAGAAAAGAAAUAAAAGCAUCUGUUUUAGGUUGAGACCUCGUUUACACCUGCAUAACCCGUCGUCGUGGAAUAAUGCUCCUAAUUACAAUUCUAUUGAAAUCGCUUCAGGGAGACUGCUUUUAAUUUCUCUCCAAGGAAACGUCUUUAAUAAUAAAUUGCCAAUACCUACACCUAAGUCUUUUUUAACUCUUUGUGCAAUUAAGCAUUUGUUUUUUAAUCAGUUAUCUGCGUAUGAAACACGCUUAAUUCGCGGUUUACGUCGGUAUAUUGAUAGAUUUGCUGUGUUGUUUGAUCAACGAACGCGAGCAAGAAAUGAACGAAAGGACAAGCGGACGAAACUUAUCAGUGAUAUGUCAGCUGAAUUCAACCACGGCACGAAACGCAACUCGUUGCUUUAUGGCAAACCAGACGGAAGAUGGCGAUUUUAACUUGAUAAACGAACUCUCGUUUGCAAAAAUCUACGUCUUGGUCACUGCUAGUCUCUUUGGUGUUAUACUCCUCGCGAGUUUAGUCGGUAGUAGCCUGGUAACGUUUACCGUUCUUCGACGCAGAAAUAUGAGAACGCCUUGCAAUUACUUUAUAAUGAACAUUGCCCUCGCUGACGUCGGAGUUGGAGCAAUUGCCGCACCAUUACGUAUCCUCGAGUUAUUCACAUCAUGGCCGUUUGGUGAUUUUAUAUGUCACUUUUUGUGGCCUAUCCAAGACGUAUUUGUGUGUGUUUCGGUGCUUAGCCAUACUACUAUCGCUCUAGAGAGAUAUCGCGCCAUCGUCCAACCUUUCAGGCCAAAAAUGUCCUUGAAGAAAGCGAAAAUUGUGAUCGUGGUUCUAUGGUUAGGGUGCUACUGCGCUAGUGGGAUUCCUCAGUCGAUUUUACUAAAAGUUGAUGAGGAUAUGGGAUGGAAAUACUGCGAUAUUCAAUGGCCCUCGCCGCUAUUUCGCUUAUGUUACUUGUGCUACCUGGUACUAGCAUUUAUCAUAGCUCCGCUGGUUAUACAAACAUACUGCUACGUGAGAAUCAUCCGCGCUUUAAACCGCAAACAGGAAUUUGGCGAUUCGACGCGCAUCGUGUCAAGAAACGGCAACGAUCAACGGAAAGCGCGGCAACAGCGUAGAAAACGUAUGGUACGCAUGCUCAUAACUACUUUAGUGGUGUUUCAAGUUUUUUACAUCCCUCGCGGUUUUUUGAUGCUAAUACUCCAGUUUCAACCCGAAGAAAUAGCUAUAAGCGAAACAUUUGCUUUUGUAGAUUUGAUCUGUUUGGUCCUUUACUACUGCAAACACAUCGUCAACCCCGUGAUUUUAUUUGCGAUGAGCGAAGAUUUUCGUAAAGCGUUCUUAGCUGGUUUAAAGUGCGUCGGUCAGACCGAACGGUUGGACACUCUUUUGAGUCAACAGGACAAUACUAAUCAGGAGUCUCCUCAAGAAGCUACAGUAUAAACUGAGAUUAACUCUAUCCUUUAAUCUUUUUGUUUUGUUUUGCUUUGUUUUUUUUGCUCCAGAGAGAGUCAAAGGAGGAGUUCAAGUGACGGGGAUGAUCAAAAGAGGGCAAAAAAUCAAAUUAAAUACCGUAAAAUUCCGAAAAUAAGCCCCGGGGCUUAUAUUUUUCAAAGGGCCUUUUUGAGGGACUUAUUUUUGGAGGGGCUUAUCUACGGAGGGAAAUUUGCGUUUCAAAAUCGAUUGGGCUAGCCUUAUAGUUGGAAGUAAAUUUACCGUUUUUGAUUUGUUUUACUUUGUAUUUGAGGGAAGUUUCCAAGUACAAGCCCCCAGGGGGCUUAUAUUUGGAGGGGCGAUUUAACGGAGGGUUUUUGGCGUUACCAGUUUGGGAGCUCAUAUUUGGAGGCGCUUAUUUUCGGAAUUUUACGGUAUUCAAACAACUGGAAAACACGUUUAGUUGUACCUUUUAGCAGGAGCACAUGAAUAUCUUAUGGGCUUCCGCUUUUAGGGGAAUAGUGCGCUGCCCGGAUACGCGCACGCGCGCGCGGUACUACGCCAAUUUUCAGAUUCAUGUUUUUUGUAUAUCCCCAUAAAAAUACUUGGGAAAUUUUCCUACCCAAAAAGUCCCUGGAUACAAAACUUUAAACGUACAAAUAUCGUUCUAUCAUCCCUAUCACUUUAAUUCCGGAGUAUACCCUCCCCGCUCACCGGGGCGCUUCUUCAAUUCUAAAGUGUUUGGGGUUGCGGUGCACUGUAUCAGUAUAGGGUUUUUAUAACUCGGGUAUACCCUACCCCUUGACUAAUAGUUAAGAUAGCUAAUAAGUUUGGCGCACAGAAAGCAAGGUGUCCUUCAGCGUUUUAAAUUAUCAGGGUAAGCGAGUCAAGAGCAAUUUUCGCGAAUGUGCUAAAAUAGAGAGAUUUCAGUCUUAAUUGAAUCUUCUUUAUUAUAAUUUUGAUUGUUAAUGAAAGUGAAAUAAAAAAAGACCGCCGUUUUACUCGUUUACUUCAUUCGGCAAGACCGUCGGUUGCAACUCUAGCGAUCGGUAUUGACUUCGGUGGUGUCCCGUGAUCCAAACGGUCUUUUGUUUAAUUUCCGUGUUUAUCCGAAGCCAUAGUUCAUUUACCUCAUUAAGUUGAUCGCUGUCUGUUUUGUGCGGUCGUUCUAUCGUUUGGUUGGUGACAAAAUAAUCUAUACGAAUAAUUAUUCAAACGUUACGAAGGCCGACUAGAUUUAAAGCGCUAAACGGGUGGGGCAUGGAAUUGCGCUUAACACAGUUGCCAAUGUGCCUAGAUUUCCCGUCGUGCGAUCCAGUCCUGGAAAUACGUUACCUAUGAAAUGGUGUAACAAGAAAAAUUAGACUGGGAAACGUUAUUCGACGUUUCGGUGUUUCGAACAUCCGGAAGAUUAUCAAGAAUGAAAACCGUUAUAUGUAAAACUUGUCGAGGUUUGAAUAAAUUAUGGCAUUCGUGCAUACUUGAUGUCCUAAUAGAAAAGCUUCGCGCGAAUCGAGUUUGUUGGUUUGAGUUCCCGCCACUUGUACAUCUCUCAUGAUGCACCUUAUGCAAAAUUUUGCAUAAGCAUUGUUUCCAGUUUCUCUUGGGACGGCUGUAAUUCCCAGGAGAAAUUAAAAAGAAAGGUUACUGAAAAUUUGCGGGGGUGGGGCGCAAAUAAGGUAUGGGAGACGUGCAAGUGGCGUAUAAACAGUAUUUCGUAGACAAGGCAUUCAAAUUACUUUCUGCAAUUUUUAAGGCCGGACACAUAACGGUUUUCAUUCUUGAUAGUGAUGUUCGAAACAACGAAACGUCGAAUAACGUUUUUCAGUUUAAUUUUUCUUGUUAAACGCUUUAACAAGCAACUGGCCAUCCGAUCUAUAAAAUUGUUGACCAAAAUACUUCAUCGCACCUUCCUUGAAGACCUCAACCUCGUUCCCAAGGUUCUCGCUCUUUUUCUUCGAAGCAAGAGAGAGAGCCCUCUGGGCCCUCUGAGGCCUCUAUAUUUUUGCUCAUUAGCAUACGAGUUAAUCCAUAGAAGAUAUAGCCCUAUAUACAAAUUAGGUUCAAAAAUUAAAAGAGCUGGUUACUUUAUGUAGUUUGUGCAAGUUUCAGCUCUUUGCAAGUAGUAACAAAGAAAAUAGCAGCAAUUAAAAACUGCAAAAUUACUGGGUGGUUAAUGAGCUCAUACAUUCUUUCUAAAUUUUGGGCUUUUUCAAGGAGAGUUUCUCCGAAACAAUUUGGUAUAUCGCGCUCAAAUUUUCAGAGGUAACUGAAAUUGUUUUGCUCUUUCAAUAUUCAGAAAUUUCAUUUUAUUAGCUUCAUCGGAUAAUGAUAAGCCUAUUCUAGUGAGGCGAAAAAUGUAAACAAGGAUUCGCAUAAUUAUGCAUAAUUAAGAUAGUAAUAUUCGUUGCAACCAGACCAGAGUAACUGGGUGAGUAGCCUGUGAACAGGCUCUCUGUUUGGGGACAAAAAUAGCAAAGGCCUGUUCACAGGCUACUGGGUGAGUAAACUCAGGUUUUUUGCCUUUUCCAGGUGCAAUCUUUUGGAGACCCCGGAUGAAGAUGGAGAGGUUAAAUGGUCUUCUGAUCACUGUGAACUUAGUUUUCGUCCUUUUCAGAUAAUUACAGUUUUACUUUACUUUUAAUAUCAGCAGGUAAUAUUUUGAAUUUUUAUUUUGAAUUCUUUUAUCGUGGUAAAUAAGAAGAAACAAAUUUUAGGUGUAGUGCUGUCAGCUACAAUCAUAAGUGCUUUGUGGUCUUUGUGAUGUGGGUCUUUAUUGGCUAGUUAACAGUCUUACAAAAAUAAUUUGAAACCUGCCACGUACCCAGCCCAGACGCCUCUCUGUCGAUGAAAAUCUGCGCUUUGUCAUCCGGCAGUCACUACUACAACAACAACAACAUAAACAUUAUUAAGAGUAGCUAACAAGCUAAUAUCUUCGAGCUGACACUACAUAAAAAUGAUAUAUAAAUAUAGAUAAACCUUCAAUGCAUUAUAAAUAACAAUAAUAAUAAUAAACACAUAAAAGAAAAAAAAUGUUAUUUACAAUUUGCAAUUUUAAGUAAAAGUAUGUACAAGCAAAAAGAAUCUGCAUGAAGGUAACAUCCUGUAUUUUG